UAAUAAAAAGCAUGUUCAUGCUGUCCUGUUGGGCAAAUGGGAAGCCAGGAUAUUUGAGAAGAAGAGACAUUUUCUGAGAAAUCAGACUCUGCAGAAAAGGAAUUGAAGAUGUAUCAAACAACAACGCUCGCUUUGGCGACGCCAAUUACCAUAUCAAUACCCAGUCGCCCUAAUGGAAAGUCUUCAACUUUGAACCUCAGAGCAUCAUUUUCUUCCACUUCUAAUUUUCCUCUUGCUAGCAGAAUCAUCGUUAAAAAUUUAGGAUAUUCAGUUGGUGAAAGUAGUUUGCAAAAGGAAUUUUCUAAUUUUGGUGAAAUAGCUGAAGUUAAACUUGUAAAGGAUGAUGAGAGAAAGCGGUCUAAAGCAUUUGUAUUUAUUCAAUAUACUUGUCAAGAUGAUGCCAUUCUAGCCAUGGAGAAUAUGGACCGCAAGAUAUUUGAUGGCAGGUUGAUUUAUGUCGAUCUUGCUAAACCUGGGAAAGAGACAUUCAGAGGGUACCCAAAAGCCUCCGGACCUCCACCGUUGCAUUUACGGGAGCAAGACGAGGUUGCUGAUUGCUGGUACUGAUCAAUCUCCUAUUGAUGGGGGAGGAGAAAUAACUAAACGAAGGAAACGAGGCGUACACAGAGUAAAACUGUUUCAAGAUCACAGCAAUAGAGACCACAUUGUAUUCAAACCAGGGAACCCUGAUAGUUGGUCCUAGUGAAAGUGAGUGUAUAAACUAUAUCCUACAUAGUUUCUUGAAGCUGCAUUGCAUUGAAUUGGGUCACACUGCGUCAGUAUAACUUAUCAUCUUGAUAUGUAUAACAUUGCUCUUGAGAUAUGCAUAUGCAGAAGAGCAAUUCAGAGUUGUCUCAGAUCAGAGGACACAGAUGUAAUUUUGAAUUUCUGCUGAGUCUCACAUCCACCAAUUAUUUGUGCGAUAUCAACAGGCUUUGGAAAGAGAUAGAAUUGUUGAUGAGUAA